AUGAAGCGGAUUUUGUUUGGCCCCAUUCGUGAGCUUUCUCUUGCCGAAUUCCGUGACUUGAUUUAUCAAAUUCAGGUAUCAAGCGUGGCAAUAAUGAGCGAGAUUGAAGCUGCUGAACUGAAUAAAUACGUGGCUCGUUUUUACAAGCCGAGAAAGAACUGGUUCGUUUAUGGUUAG